UGGCAGACAAGUGGCAAAUUGGUGUUAAAAUGGAGAAAAAAACCUUGGGAGAAACCAGGCUUAGUCGGGGUGCCAGUUCUCCUCUGGCCAACAGUGCUUUGUUACAAUUCAGGUUGCUAUCAUAAGUCCAAUAGGAUCGCAACAUUAAAAGUAUUUAUUUCAGUUCCAUCCAAUUGAGGAUCGUAUUCAUCACGCCGGUAUGGACGGUUGUUGAGGAACUGUGUCGUGGCUGUCGUGUCGAUGAGGCCCUCACAGUGGAUGAUCUAGUUGACUCAAUCUCUGCUGAUACGUCAGGGCUGCGUUGUGGUCGUGUCAAGGUGCAGGUCCUUGGUCUCACCUGGAUACGGCCCGGAUCCGGUUGACUACGGUGAACCUCGGGAUAAACAGAAAGACUAAUAUUAGCGUAGAUGCCAUUCUUCUUCUGAUGUAACGAGUACAUCAGGUGUUAUAGGAAGUGUUCCCGGUUCCGGCUGACCUAAUUUAUGCAGCCUAAUAAUCCUUUAACGGAUUUGAAAAUAUAAAUUGGUAAUGUGUUAUGUGUAUGCCAGGUUAAAGAGAUGCGUUUUUAGUCUAGAUUUAAACUGACAGAGUGUGUCUGCUUCCCGAACAAUGCUAGGAAGAUUGUUCCAGAGUUUAGGUGCCAAACAGGAGAAGGAUCUACCACCUGCAGUUGAUUUUGAUAUUCUAGGUAUUAUCAGCUGGCCUGAAUUCUGAGAUCGCAAUAGACGUGAAGGACUAUAAUGAAUUAGGAGCUCGCUCAGGUACUGGGGAGCUAAACCAUUUAGUGCUUUGUAAGUAAUUAGCAAGAUUUUAAAAUCUAUACGAUGUUUAACAGGAAGCCAAUGCAGUGUUGACAGAACUGGGCUAAUAUGGUCAUACUUCCUGGUUCUAGUAAGAACUCUAGCUGCUGCAUUUUGUACGAGCUGUAGUUUAUUUAUCAGGCGAGCAGAACAACCACCCAGUAGAGCAUUACAGUAAUCUAGCCUUGAGGUCAUGAACGCAUAAACUAACUGUUCUGCAUUUUUCAUUGAGAGCAUAUGUCGUAGUUUAGAUAUAUUUUUAAGAUGGAAGAAUGCGGUUUUACAGAUGCUAGUAACAUGGCCUUCAAAUGAAAGAUUGGUAUCAAAGAGCACACCCAGUGUCACGAUCACCGUCUGUUCCUGUCAGUUCCUGGACUCCAUUUCCCACAAUCCUCCCUUCCAAUCACAUGCACCAAUCACCAAUUGCCACACACACCUGCAGAUCAUUACCUGGACUAUUUAAGACACACACACACACACCCUUUGCGAAGUCUUGAUUUGCCGUGGUGAUCAUUACUGAGCGUUUUCUUGUGGACUGUUUCCUGGUUUCCGUUUGGAUUGUUUAUUCUUUGUGAUUCUCUGCUGCCUGCCCUGAACCUUGCCUGUGUACUGGACUGUGUUUGUUUGCCGCCUGCCCUGAUCUCUGCCUGUGACCUGAUACUGUUUGUCUGCCGCCUGCCUCGACCAUUGCCUGUCCUUGUUUAUGUUCCUGCCUUUGCCCCUGUCUACCUGUGUAAAUACUGUUCUUAACAAAGCUUGCAAAUGGAUCCCCGCUCUGCCGACCCAUCGUUACAGAAGACUUCGCCAACACAUGGAUCCAGCGGCUUUCCUGGAGAACACUGGCCCUGUAUGAACAUUGCACAAUUAUUAUUAUGGCUCAAGCAGGGCACCCGGUCGUUGGAGGAAUACAUCAGAGAAUAUAUGGAUGUUGCAUAUGGUUCAGAUCUGCCGGACUGUGUACUGAUAGACUUUUUCUGUGAGGGUGUUAAUCAGCCACUUAAGACACAAUUGAUUCGUGAGGGACCUCGUUCCUCUCUUAGUCAUUUUUUGGAGUUUGCUUUAAUGAAUGUGGGCUCUCCAUUUACUGUGGGUGUCGCGGAGAAAUACGACACCUCGCCGAAUCAUGUAAUGGCCGCCGCGCCAGAGAACACGCAUAAAAUGGCGGCCACCAGUACUACAACACCAAGUCAAGUCUCCGCUGAUCUUCGUGAACCAAGUCAAGUCCAAGUUAAACUUCCUGAGUCACGUCCCAUCUCCACUUAUCUUCUAGAAUCACAUCACGUCUCUGGAUCUGUUUGGGAGCGGAGUGGGUUGCGUUCCAGUGUGGCUGAUCCACCGCUGACUUCAGUACGAGCGGCUGGCAUUCCUAAGCCUCCGCCGGCCGCUACGCCAUCAAGCCCGCCGGUUGCUACGCACUCAAGCCCGCCGGUUGCUACGCACUCAAGCCCGCCGGUUGCUACGCACUCAAGCCCGCCGGUUGCUACGCACUCAAGCCCGCCGGUUGCUACGCACUCAAGGCCGCCGGCUGCUACGCACUCAAGCUCGCCGGUUGGUACGCACUCAAACUCUCUGGAUGCUAUGGACAAGAUGGUCGCUUUGCCAGUGCCCACGGGCAAGAUGGCCGCCCCUCCAGUGUCUGUGAACAUAGGGGUCGUUCCAGCCAGUGAGUCCGCUCCAGAGCCCGCUCCAGCCCGUGAGUCAGUCCCAGAGCAGCCCGCUGCCGCCCCAGAGCAGUCCGCUCUUCCUGAUACGGCCACGGAGGCCGUCACCGAGCACCUUGCACUGCCGGCGCCGCCCGAGCGUCUUGCCCUGCCGGCGCCGCCCGAGCGUCUUGCCCUGCCGGCGCCACCCGAGCGUCUUGCCCUGCCGGCGCCACCCGAGCGUCUUAUCCAAGAAACCACCACGGACUCCGUUGAAUUCCCCAAGAACUUUUUUGGGGGGGGCCAUGUACCUGAGGGUGGGGAGCUUGUGGGUGGGGACCCUGCACGGCCGCGAUCAUCAGCGGCCUCCGAACUGCUUGAGCUUGUGGGUGGGGACCUUACACGACCACGGCCUUCAACCGCCUUUGACCUGCUAUGGCCAUCUUCGGACUCUGACCUGCCGUGGCUGCCCGAGCCACCUGACCUGCCGUGGUUGCCCGAGCUACCUGACCUGCCAUGGCCUCCCGACACUCCUGACCCGCUGUGGCUGCCCGUGGCUCCUGACCCGCCGUGACUGCCCGUGGCACCUGACCCGCCGUGGCUGCCCGUGGCACCUGACCCGCCGUGGCUGCCCGUGGCACCUGACCCGCCGUGGCUGCCCGAGUUCCUGGAUCUGCAUUGGAGACCUUGUUCCUGUCUACGUCUCCAAUGCACCCACCCCCCCUCCCUAUCUGUGCCAUUUAUGCCGCGGAAUGGCAAUCAUACAAUCAUGAUUUAUUAUUUCAAUUCACCAUUCAACUGUUUUUCUCUUUGAAUAUAGGCUCCCACUACCAUUUCUGUAAAUUUGAUGUAGUUAUUGUAUAUUUUUAUUAUUUUACAUUAUUUUUUAAAAUAAUUUCAGGAUUUCUAAAAAUCCUUAUCCUUAAUCCUUGACAACUGGAAAUGGUAUGGGCCGGUAGGUGAACAUGUUUUGAAAACUUCAGAUGAGGAUGAUAAAAAGACUGUAUAUAUUUUACAGUUUUUUUAAAGGUAGUGUCUAUUGUUAUUUAGAUUUAAUUACUGUAUUUUUUAGGGAUGUGCUGAUAUCAAUAAACAGCAAACACUGACAAGUAGAUGAACUGAUGACCAAUAAAUUGCCAAUAAAUGAAAUACUAUUUAUAAAAUGAAUGAUUAAAAUUUAAAAUUAGGCCAAAUGCAAAUGCAUUUGUUUCAUUAUUUUAUUUAUAGUUACUAUAAGAUUGUAGUAAUAACAUAGACCUAUAGUCAAUAAUAACAAUAACUAGAAUGUACAUUUCCUGAAGAAAAUGUGAAUGGUGCUUGCAGUGGCAAAACUCGGCACUCGGUUGCUAGGGUGCUGUAAUUGGUUUCUAGGGCGUGGCUAUGAAGUUGCUAUGUCACUACUUAUUGGCUGCUUGAUAGGCCGAGUCAAAAGAGCCCAGCCCCAAGUCUCUAUGACCUUCUGAUCCAAAGAUAUGAUCUCAGAGAUUUUGUGGCAAUGUUAAGUCUAUGGGACUUUUUUCAGCCGAUUUUUCGUACGCUGUGCGAACAUCGUACACCCGAUUGCUUAGAAAAGUCAUAGCACACCUCUCCUCAAUAAACCGGUCGAUUUGACACCUCAUUCAUCGGUCUACGACAAACGGUGCGGGACGAGUUACACGCCAAAGUUUUGUUCAGGUGAAUAGUAAUUACAAUACUAGAAUGUACAUUUCCUGAAGAAAAUGUGAAUGGUGCUUGCAGUGGCAAAACUCGCCACUCUUGAUUAGCAUGAUGCUAACAUAAUUAGCAUGUUGUUAGCAUGUUUUUAGCAAGAUGCUAACAUGAUUAGCAUGUUGCUAGCAUGAUGCUAGCAUUCUUGCCAUGUUGCUAACAUGUUUUUAGCAAGAUGCUAACAUGAUUAACAUGUUGCUAGCAUGUUUUUAACAAGAUGCUAACAUUAUUAGCAUGUUGCUAGCAUGAUGGUAACACGAUUAGCAUGUUGCUAGGAUGAUGCUAACACAAUUAGCAUGUUGCUAGCAUGAUGCUAACACGAUUAGAAUGUUGCUAGCAUGAUGCUAACACAAUUAGCAUGUUGCUAGCAUGAUGCUAACACAAUUAGCAUGUUGCUAGCAUGAUGCUAACACAAUUAGCAUGUUGCUAGCAUGAUGCUAACACAAUUAGCGUGUUGCUAAUGUGAUUUUGGCAAGAUGCUAACAUGAUUAGCAUGUUUGCUAGCAUGAUGCUAACGUGAUUAGCAUGCUACUAGCAUGAUGCUAACUCAAUUAGUAUGCUACUAGCAUGAUGCUAACACAUUUUUACUUGUUUGUGUCAUGUAUAAAACCUAAGCUAAUUGCUAUUAGCACGUAGCUAUUCACUGCUAGCAUGUGUAGCAUGUUGCAAGUCCAGUUUGCUAGCAUGAGUCAAAAAGAACCAACCGCCAUGUCUCUACGAUGUUCUGAUGCAGAGAUAUAGGUCUUUCAAAACGGUUGCUAGGGUACUCUGUUUGGUUGCUAGGGAGUGGCUUGGCAGCUGCCAAUGAUGAUACUCCAAAGGCUGCUUGCCAAUAUAAACCAACCCCCAUGUCUCUACGAUGUUCUGAUACAGAGAAAUAGGCCUUGCAAAAUGGUUGCUAGGGUACUCUAUUUGGUUGCUAGGGAGUGGCUUAGCAGCUGCCAGUGAUGAUACUCCAAAGCUGCUUGCUAGUAUGAAUGAUAUAAACCAACCACCAUGCCUCUAUGAUAUUCAGAUUUGAAGAUAUCCCUCUAUGCUUUGGGUUGCUAGGGUGCUCUAAAUGGUUGCUAGGGCGUGGCUAUGAAGUCUUGAAGGUGACUCGUGACUGGCCGUAUGCUGCACCGAGUUAAAUGAGCCCACCCUCAUGUUUCUAUGACACUUCCAUCCAAAGAUAUUCCUUUGAUCUUUUUCAAUGGAAGUCUAUGGAACUUGUUGCUAUGGUGCUCUAUAUGGUUGCUAGGGCGUGGCUUGAUAGCUUCACAAUGAUCCUGAGAGACUGAUUGGUUGCCUGAGUAAAAUGAGCCCACCCCCUUGUCUCUAUAACACUGUGAUCCAGAGUGAUGUUCAAUACAAAAUCCCUAUGUAAUUUACCAUAGUAGGAAAAACACACUGUUUCAUGGGCACGGCUUCACCAUAGUAAGUCUAUGGGGCCACUUUGGGCAGCUCUUGCGCCCCAGGGGUACAACUUACACCCCAUUUUGAGGUAUGGUCUGACAGAGACUGUCAGCCUCUUCAAACGUGGUAACCCACAUGUUUCUACGAAAUUCUUGUUAGGAGCUAUGACUCGUCAAAGUUCGUCGCAAUGUUAAGUCAAUGGGAUUUUUCGGCUACUUUUUCGCCCGCCGGGCGAACAUCGUACACCCGAUCGCUUAUAAAAGUCAUAGCACACCUCUCCUCAAUGAGCCGGUCGAUUUGACACCUCAUUCAUGGGUCUAGGACAAAAACUGCGGGACAAGUUACGCGCCGAAGUUUUGUCCAGAAGAAGAAGAAUAAUAAUAAUAAUAACUAGAAUGUACAUUUCCUGAAGAAAAUGUGAAUGGUGCUUGCAGUGGCAAAAUUGAAACUCGGUUGCUAGGUGGUUGCUAAGGCGUGACUAUGAAGUUAAGUCAAGUCACUACUUGUUGGCUUCUUGAUAGACUGAUUCAGCUGAGCCCAACACCAAGUCUCUAUGAUCUUCUGAUCCAAAGUUAUGAUCUCACAGAUUUUGUCCCAGUGUUAAGUCUAUGGGACUUUUUUCAGCUGAUUUUUUGUCCGCUGGGCAAACUUCGUACACCCGAUCGCUUAGAAAAGUCAUAGCACACCUCUCCUCAAUAAGCCGGUCGAUUUGACACCUCAUUUAUGGGUCUACGACAAACGGUGCGGGACGAGUUACGCGCCAAACUUUUCUCCAGGUGAAUAGUAAU